UUCCUUUACUUUGUGUAGAUUAUUAUCGCACUGAUAGCCAUUCCCUUAUCUCCUGAAGCCAUUAUCCUGCGGUACCGGAACGUGAUGCACGAUGGCUCUACUGGGAUUACUCCUUAUGAUACUGGAUCCGUUCAGAAUAGUGCGUAAUUAUAUUUUCAAACCACUGGCCACGCUCGGUCUGGCGGUGGCCGAAGAGUAUAAGGCACGCAAGGAGCGCAGCGUGAAUACCACGAAGAACCUGUUCCUGAAGCUGAUCGUUGUGGUGCUGGUUGGCUUUUCCAUCGUCUGGGCAUCGAUAUUUCUGUACCUGUACUUCUACUACUCUUACAUGCCGUCCGUGCUGCACGUUAAAGAUGUCCAUCUAAACCUUCGCGAGUGUAAAAACGGGGCCGAAGACUGCCAGCCGUACCCGUUCGCCAAUGUGCCGCUAACGAACCAUCAGCGCUUUCUGAUGGUCGGACAGCCGUACAAGAUCAUGCUGAACCUCGAAAUGCCUGAAUCUGAACAUAAUGGUAAAAUAGGAAUGUUCACCGUGUGCGGCACAGUGAGGGACUACGAGGAAGGGUACAUUGCCAAGUCUUGCCGAAUGUCAAUGUUGCACUAUAAAUCGGAUCUACUGAAAACGAUCCUGACGAUCGUGUUUGCACCGUUGCUGGUGUUUGGCUACCGGGAGCAAAAACAGCACGUGACGGUGGAGCUGUUUUCAAACUUUCUGGACGAUUCGAAUCAACCGGCAACGAACAUAGACAUCACCAUCAUGUGCCCCGACAUUCAGCUGUACUCGGCGCAGCUUCAAGUGGUGGCCAACUUCACUGGACUCCGCUAUCUGAUGUUUAACUGGCCCGUGCUCUCGGCGAUCAUAGGUAUCACCACGAACCUAUUUUUCAUACUAAUUGUGUGUAUCCUGAGCUGGUAUCACUGGGACGAUACGGAAUGGAUCACCGACAUACGGGAUCGGUACAAGCAAAUAGUGAAAGGUGUUUCGCAGGUUGCUUCGAUUCAGGAAAAGCAGCUCACUUCAAAAGGGCAAGAAGAGACUGAUAUUACGCCUCCAAAGUGGCUAAUGGACGAAGAGUGAAAAUACUGUUGUGCAGUUUGCACUGCGGACUGCAAAUAUACUGUUGUUGUUUUUUACA